AUGCAAGAAAUAUUUCAAUAUCCGCCAGAAGGUAAAGAUCCUUAUUCAGCUCGUUACAUUGGUUCAAUGGUUGCUGAUGUUCAUAGUACUCUGUUAUACGGUGGAAUCUUCGCAUAUCCAACUGACAAAAAAUCAAAAAAUGCUGAACAAGCUGGUGGCAAAACUACAGAUGGUAGAAACGAAUGCUUGAUAUCAAAAUUUUAUGCCGAUUUUUCAAAGAUCUAA